UAUCGAUGGCCCAACAGGUAUAAAACGUUUCGCCUACGCCGUCGACCAUUCGUGGAAACAAGAAAAGAGAAUUCCACGAAGGUAGCAAACAAGAAUACGGAUUAGGUUUCUACAAGGGUCAAUCGACAAUGAUUUAUCAGUUGUUCUUUUAACCUCGUGUUGAGUAGAAUGUUCGCUGGGCUGCUGAAGUUCCUUUUGCAUUUGGCUCUGUGGCAAUGUAUCAGGGGCCGUAUUCCUUUGAUGCCCAAAUUCUACAGGCAAGACAGUCCAAUUAUUGUCGACACUGAUAAGCUAAGAUUGAAUCCAAAGUUACAAAAUGGACUCUAUUAUAAUAUUCCCGCCUUCAAGCUUAUUAAUCCGAGCACACUUAAUCCAACCUCGAUGAAGUACACAAACACAGUAGCAUCAAGAGUGGCUGGCGACUAUCCCAAGGAUUUGAUUGAUAUGGCUCGCACUAAGCUGGGCUUUAAGCGUAUAGAUCAGCUGCCCACCCUAAAUAAUCUCGGGAGUCUGCUGGGCACUAGAAAUGAUGAUGAGACAAUCAAAUAUGUGCGCUCUCUGACUUCUACAGAUCAAGGUAUAGCACUCAUGAAGGCAUACUUGGAGUCGACCGAUUAUGAGCCAACCAAUUCCAACAAUGAUAGCGGGGAUAAGACGGAAGCAAAUGAUAAUAAUAAUACAGAUUUUGAUGUCGACUACGAUACGACGCCAUCCAGGCCUGAUACAACUGUAACAAUGAAGACACCAACGCCGCAGAUGGAAGCGGGUAGCCUAAUGAAGGGUGUGAACGAGUUCAUAAAUCAAUAUAAAUUGUGGCCGGACAGAUUGCCAUAUAAGCAUGUGCUGGUGGGACCCGUGCACCCAAGCAGCAACCAGAAACAGAGCCUAGCACCAGCCUUGCAACCCGUACUUUUGCGGAACUCAUUGCCCUAUCAUUAUCCUAUUCCGUUGCGACCCGUAUUAUCUCCAAGGCCCAACACAACUAAGCAGACGCCAGACCCAGUCAGCAACAACGUAAACACAAGCAAAUCCGCCACCGAUUUGGGGGCGCCACACCUCAGCACUCCUAAAAGGACAUCUGCUCUCGUGACACCGCAUGUUCACGAGCUAGCGCGAAUUGCUAAUAUUUCCCCAGACAUUCUUGACAGCUUUUUGCAACAGCAACCAAAGCUGGCCGAAUUGGCUAAACGGUUUAGUCGACUACCGCUGGUUCAGCAACAAAGGAAAGUUGUUGACUCGCAAUUGUUUAUGGCUGUCAAAAGAGCCCUGGCACAGGAGAACUUAAAGCGUUUGCUUAGAGCAUCGCAGGCAUAGAUUUAGUAGGUUUCAACAAUAAAAAUUAAAUAAAUACAA